AUUCGCAGCAUGCAGCAACAGGAGAUUGAGCAGGUGAAUCAAUAUCGAAUGUUUCAGGUCCUGGGACGCGGCGCGUUUGGCACUGUCCGCCUUGCCCGCGAUAUCAACUCGGACAACCUCUUUGCGGUCAAGUGUGUUUCAAAGCGACGCCUGCGACGAAAGACCUUUGGGCGCGCCCCGGGCUUAGCCUCCACCCGCGGUCCCACCCCAACCCGAGGUCCCAACGGGAGCAUUUUUGACCUGACUCAACAGAUUGACAGCAUGCUCGGACGAGAGGUCGGAAUCCUCAAGCGCUUGGACCAUCCCAACAUUAUCCGUCUCUUUGAGGUGAUCAAUGAUCCCGAACAUGACAUUGUCUACAUGGUCAUGGAGCUCAUGCGCAGUGGUGUCGUCAUGGACAUGGCCAAGCCAGACUCGAUCGUCCAGCUGUCCGAGACACGGGCCUGCGCUUACUUUCGCCAACUCGUGCUGGCCAUUGAAUACCUGCAUGCCCGUCGCAUCGUCCACCGGGAUGUCAAACCGUCCAACCUUCUCUUGACUGAUGAUGGCCUGAUUAAGCUGACCGACUUUGGCGUCUCCCACUACUUUGAAGACCCCCUGACAGACUUCUGCCUCUCCCGCACCGAGGGCACCCCUGCUUUUCUUGCUCCCGAGUGUUGCGACGCCAGCGUUGAACAGUUUGAUGCCCGCGCCGUGGAUAUCUGGGCUUGUGGCGUCACCCUCUAUUGCUUUCUGUUUGGCACCAUGCCUUUCAAGGGUACUACCGCUUACGAAACCUACAAUAAUGUCCUCAACGAGGAAAUCAGCUUUGAUCCCUCCCUUCGCCCUACGCCCCUGACCCCGGAAGCCUUCAACCUCCUGCGCCGUGUGCUCGACAAGGACGCACAACAACGAAUGACCAUGGGUCUUCUGCGGCGUCAUGCCUGGGUCACUCGCGAUGACACAGAUCCCAUGCCCAGCGUGGCGGAAAAC